AUGCCCUCCGACGCCCUUGUUGUGUGGACGCCCUCUGCUCCCACUCUACACACGCUUACUACUUCACGCCCCAGAUCUUCACUCAAGCGCAGCAGCGGCGGCGGCAUCGGCACGACCAUGGAUCGAUUUAGUCUUCUCGCCACCGGCGCGCUCGCUCUCUUCCUGGGUAGAGGCGUGCACGGCCAGGAGUCUUGCGUCCAGGUGGCGGACCCGACAUGGGCGGCCAACUGCCCCUGCGAAGCGGGCAGCCAGUACUCAUUCACCAUGGAGGGGCAGACCACGGUGACUGCGAACACGGUCAACGUGGCCGUCAUCAUCGACGCCUCGGGCAGCGUCGGCACCGCCGACUGGGAGCUGUCGAAGGAGUUCGCCAAGAACACGGUGGCGUCCUUCGCCGAGCAGAACCUCUUCACGAACGGCGGGAGCGCCUCCUUCGCCCAGUUCUCUUCCGACGCUUCGGAGGGCGGCACAUUCUACUCCCUCGAGGACUUCAACGCCUUCGUAGACGCGGACACCGAGUACUCGGGCGGGACCGACAUCAUCGCCGGCAUUGCCAAGGGCAGGGAGCUCCUCAGCGCCUCUCCCACCACUACUUCGUUCAUGAUCGUCACUACUGACGGAGCUGCGCCCGACCCUCAGGAUGAAGCCGACGCGGCCCGGGCUGAGGGCACCAUCCUGUACGCCGUCGGUGUGGGUUCGGGCCCGUCCGAAGAGAUCCUUCUCGCUAUCGGAGGGGACGAGGCGAACGUCUUCGACAUCGACAACUUCGACGAGUUGGACGUCGCCCUCGAUGACAUCGUCUCCACCUCCGGCGGAAGCGUUCCCUGCGCCGCCACGGGCGCCACGGUGACGGUCCAGUUCAACGGCAUGGUGACCGAGGCCACCGUGGAAGGCGGCGUGGCCACCUACGACGGCGGCGACGUGGUCUUCACCGUCGACGACCUCGAGGCCACCCCGACCAACUUCGAGGUCUUGCUGGACUGGUGCGGGCAGCCUGAGGGCGCCGAGGUCAUCGCGUCCGUUUCCUACGCCGACGACGAGGGUCACACGCCCGACCUGUCAGCCCUCGAGGGGGAGGCGGUCGUGCCCGUCUGCGCGCCGCCCUCGUUCCUAGAUUAUCGCCAAAACGUUUGGAUGCGUUGCGGAUGAACUUGGAGCCUGCACAACCUGCCGGCAGUCUACUCGACCACGGUUCGCGACGAACCUCCUGAAGGUUCUUGCACUUUCGUCUUUGUCGCAGCCAGGAAAACGACGGAGGAAGCUGUUGCAUGGAUGUUGAGAACCCGUGCUCGCCUUCGUACGUUGAUGCCUAAAGAAAGUGCCAUCUCCCUUUGCCCUGUACCGCUUGCUCUGCCGCGCUUAAACGUCUCAUCGGCAACCCUACUGCAACGAACGGCCGUUCGAAACGGCAACGUCAACGGGAAUCACAACUCCACCAGAUGAUGACGCCACUCCUUCGCCGACCUUCGCUACCCCCGCGACUCCGGGUAGGUACUGUUGCCGUUGCAUCAUACGAUGUGUAGGGUAGAUGCCAAGGUACGCAUGGGUCCGCUUAGGAAUGGGCCAUGAAACUUGAUUCGUCGUGAGCAUCAGGUGGAAAUGCUCGGUCUACGCUGCGUGCCAGGCGCAUGCACAUGACUCAAGGCACAAGUGACAGCGGCAGUUUUUCAUAUGCCAUACAUUUUCAUCGACGAAACAUUUUUCUGGGGUGUCGCAGAGGCCUUUGUGUGCCGCCACCGGUCUCUCACUCUCGUCCGGAGGUGAUGAGCAAAUAAACACCCUGUCCGUAGGAGUCGUUCGCCGCUCUGUUCCAUCGGGUGUGGGGCGUAUCAUUCCCUCGAUUUUCUCGGCAAACAGCCCGGCCCGGCCUUUUUCGGCCGAUUCUUGACCUUGUUGUCACGUUUCAUAAACAGGAUAUAUUGUAGUUUCCACCCAAUCCUCCGCACCUAUACCAAACACUCGGAGAACAUCGCGUAUUGCUGGAGAUAACCCCACCCACUUCCACAACACCCACUAUGGAGACUUGCGGAGUUACUCGUCUCUAACGUGGAGGGGAAUCAUGGGUCACCUGUGUAUUACCGUAGAUCAGGUAGCUUGCUCGGGAGCCUAUUUAGAAGAUACCAAUGCCACCACCCUUCAAAACGUGCCUGUUCCACUGCUGCCCCUCGUGUCUUGGGAUUUCCGUCCA